AUGAGCGCCACGACAGCCGAAGAAGAGGUGAGUGUCGAGCCACGACGUGGCGAGGGCAAGAGGGUGGUGUUUGUGUACGACGACGAGGGGGUGGGUCCCCGGUCGCUCGAGCACACGCUGCACAGUCUGCGACAGCACCUCGACCUCGACCGACACGAAGUCAGGCGCAUCGACAGCAACCGCAUCAAGCUACAAAAAGAAGAUGAUGAGGCAACAUUGUCAUGGACGAGCGAGGCCUGCCUACUGGUCAUGCCCGGCGGCGCCGAUCGGCCCUACGACCACGCCCUACGCGGGGCCGGCAACGCUCGCAUCCGCGCCUGGGUCGAGGCCGGGGGCCGCUACCUGGGCCUCUGCGCGGGCGGCUACUACGGCUGCGCCCGCGUCGAGUUCGAGAAAGGUGCGGCGGCUGGGCUCGAAGUGUGCGAGACCCGCGAGCUCGCCUUCUACGCGGGCACGGCGCGUGGGCCGCUGGUGCCGCCGGGCCAGUUCGACUACGCCACCGAGCGCGGCUCGCGCGCGGCUCGCCUCGACGCCACCCAGCUCGACCCGGCCCUCGCCGCCGUGCCCGUCUACUACAACGGCGGCUGUUGCUUCGUCGGCGGCGGCGGUGCCGACCCGGCCUGCGUCGCCCUGGCCCACUACAAUGGCCUUUCGCUCGAUGAUGAAGAAGACGAUGGUGGUGGUGAUGGUGCUGACGUGGCAAGGCCGGUGGCGAUUGUGAGCUGCGCUGUGGGCCGGGGCAAGGCGGUGCUGUGCGGGGUACACCCCGAGCACGACGCCCGCCUGCUCCGGGCCGCGCACGCGGACGACCCGCACCUGGCGCGGCUCUUCCCCGCCCUGGAACACGGCGAGCCCCAACGACAGCGCCUCUUCCGAUCUCUGCUCGCUCAUCUGGGCCUUCAGCUUGCACCACCACCCGGCCCAGACCACUGCUGA